AUUCCAAUUUGAUCUUAUUCCAUGCAUUUUGAUUGAGUCAAGCGGGUCAUCGCAUUCAACGAGAUUUCUCCUCCACAAAACCUUUCUUGUCUUCUGUGGUGGUGGAAAACRAGUGUUGGCAUGCUGUAAGAAAACAUGGAGGCUGAAGAAGAAAAGAAAACUACACCACUCCGAWCAAAAUCAUCCUAUUCGGAAAACGCAACGCUUUCGCAUUAUUGAUAUCCUGCAUACUUUGCCGCUUGUCACGAUGAGUAAUCAUGGUCGGUUUCUUCUCCGAGCGGGAUUYAACGCUUUACUGGGGGCAGGAAGAAAGCAACAAGCUCUUCUUCCGGUUGGAGCUGUUGUGUCCCCUUCGUCUCUUCCGGAUAGUCAAAGAGAAGAUAGUUACGGYCAGAAACGGCAACGUGACCCAUUUUUGACGUCGAGUUCAAAACGAUUAUUUCAUUCCACGGCAAAUCGAGAAAUCCUUCCUCUUGUGGCAGCGGGUGCCGUAGUAUUUAUUGGACGGUAUUCGUGGAAGGCUCUCAACCGCAUGGAUGAGGAUUGGGAGGACUAUCUUUGGGAACUAAAGCAAUACGAGCGUGCUCGUGUUCAAGCAAAAGCCGACGCAACUAUCACAAUUGGAGUGGAUCUAGGGACAUUUUAUCUCAAACUGUCUCGCGUGAAUAAGAACAAACCGCAACUGAUCGAGACCGCACAAGGAGAUCGAUAUCGAUUCAAUGGAAUUUUGUCCCAAGACGACGACGUUAUCAUGGGGAAGCCAGCCCUGGAAAAAUUCUUUUACGAAAAAACUGACGAAAAAACUGACGAUGGUGUAGAGAAUAAUGACAGUGGAAGCAAUAAGGUAGUUUUGCCAUACAUGGAACUUCAAAACGAAUCAAACGACGACGCAACAGCAUUGGUUCAAAAAGUGUUUGUCCCGGCUGUAGCGGAAGCGAUGGAGAGAGUAAUGUCCGAUGGUGGUAGCGAUGCUUCUAGCGACGAAAAGAAAAAUCUAAGAACAGUGCUCACUUUACCACCGCUAUUUUACAACAAGCAUGGAGAUGGACUCUUUCGCAAAAACUACCACGACAACUCUCAUCAGACAAUCACUGUGCCAGAACCCGUUGCUGCCAUUUGGGGAGCUCAGGCCUUGAAUCUAAUACCUACACCGGAAUCCAAGGAAGAAAAUUCCACAUCUUCGACCAUGGUGAUGGAUAUCGGAGGACUAGCCAGUACCAUUUCGCUGGUGCGAGACGACAAAGUUGUUGCAUCCGUGAGUCUCGAUGGCAUAGGCGGCGAAAAUUUUGUUCAGCAACUUGUAGAUCGUAUCCUCGUAGAGACCGGGGACGAGACCAUGGGGAAGGAACCAAUGACUCUGACAAUGAUUCAAACAAACGCCCGAAGCAGUGCCCUAGAAUUGGUUAACAAGACACAGUCGAAAAUCCACAUCCCCUUCUUGUAUAUGGGUCGCAGGCCCGACGAUCCACAUUUGGAAACAACUAUUUCACGAGCCGUGUUGGAACAGGCUGUCCAAGAUGGCUGGAGCAAGUCCAUCAUUCCAAAGUUGGUAGAAGAAAAUAUGCUGUCAUCGUCACUGCCGAUUCCAAAAGAUGUUACUUCACUCUUUACGUCGGCAGUCACAAAAGUGCUGGAGGAAAGCAACGAAAUUCCAACCAACAUCGAACGAAUACUAUUAGUUGGAGGGGGAAGUAGACACAAAUUGUUCGAAGAGGCUUGUAAAGAAUCUAUAACUGCUUUAAUGGGGCCAGCAAACUACCAAAGCAAGAUUGUUAUACCAGAAACGUCAUUACGAGCCGAAUUGACCGCGCUUGGUGCAGCGUCGUUGUUGCCAAAUUUUGACUACGAUUAUGACAAAGGGCUCGAAAAUGUGUAACUGUUGAUUGAUGCCAUUUGGUUGAAGCUUGUGAGAUAUUUAGCUUCUACAAAAUUUGACAAACUAAUUGUAUAUUUCGAAGAACGUGCUCUAAGGGUUUAAAACUGAAUUAUGAUAGCGGGUCAAUGGAGUUACAUCUUGCAAUAAACAACGAAACCACGAGAUUUUGUGUUUAAUGCAACAUGAUAUGGACCUCCCAAAAGCGAAAGUUUUCUCGUCCAUAGGAUGUUAGGAAUUAGCCAAAAAGGAUGACUACCAAAAGAACGCACUAUUACUCUCCAUUAAAUACCCUCAUCAACA